AUCGUCUCAUCAUUUUUCCUGUGAGCAUAUUCUCUAUAUAACUCGUAUCAAUACAACCUAUAUCUCCUUCAAAUCAUUAAUUCCCCCACAAAAAGAGAAAGAUAUAGAGCGGCGGUGAAUUAACUUGGGAAAAAAAAAAGGUUAAGAUCAUCAAUGGUGAGGAUUAUUCCGGUGAGGUUCGAUAGGGUGGCGGCGGCUUUCGAUGAGGCGGCGAAAGCUGCAGCAGGGGUGAGGUUGUGCGAGAGUAGUGGGAGUGAGCACUCCCCUGCUACGGAUCUUUCAGAUCUUGUGAAUUCUUUUAUAGAGAAGCAGUGCAUGAUUGAAAAUGGUGUGGAGAAAGAAGAGAAAGAGAAGGACUGCGAUGAAUCCGACUGGUCUGAGUUAGAGACGAAAGUUAUGUUGCAGGAUUUACUUGGAAAAAGUCUUUUAGUUGGUGACACAGAUAAGGAGAUUAAGCAGAGGAUUCUUACAGCGACGGAGACUGCCUACCGGAGAGUAGCCGACGGAAGUUCGUCUCCAAAUUUCAAGCGUAGUCUAAUGUUAAGCUUGCGUGACAGUGGCUUUGAUGCUGGUCUCUGCAAGUCUCGAUGGGAGAAGACAGGAAAACAUAUAGCAGGGGUUUAUGAGUAUGUAGAUGUGAUUGUUAGCGGGACUCGCUACAUUGUUGAAGUAAAUCUAGCGGCAGAAUUCGAAAUUGCUAAACCAACAUCCAGUUACGUUUCACUCCUGGAGAUUUUCCCAUGGAUAUUCGUCGGAAAAAGUGAUGAGUUGAAGCAGGUGGUGCGACUGAUGUGCAGUGCAAUAAAGAAAUCAAUGAAGAGGAAGGAAUUGCAUGUUCCUCCAUGGAGGCGGAAUGGCUACAUGCAAUUAAAGUGGUUUGCUUCUUACAAAAGGACAACCAGUGAAGUUCCUGGUAAUUACAAGUGGGAGGACGCGUUGUCGGGAAAAAGAGGGAUUGGCUUUGAGGCUUUGCCGACGAAAUCAUACCAUUGCAGAGAUGAUUUUGGGAGGAAUGUUGGAUUGAAAGUUGGAUAUCUAGCAGCAGCCUUGAAUGGCUCAUGAUCAAGAUAGAACCGAGAUAUUAAAAUUUUGUUUUUGUCAAUUGGAAAAUUUUGAUUUCCAUGUCCUGAAAAUUUUAGGUAAUUUGCCUUUUAAGUCUCAACAUUUUAGAAUCUAAGAUGUGAGCCGCCAACAGCUGCUCCUAGAGUAUAAGUCUCCUGGACAGGGAGACUGGAAUAAGUCAAAAUUUCUGUAAACUUGCGAUGGACAAGAAAGUGAGUGGAUUUGAAUUUGCCAUGGUGGAUAGGUUAUCCGGUUCUGUCUGCGGUUCGUUUUGGCUAAUGGUUACUGUAAUUUUUUUGGAUUUUUAAAUGGAGGAAUUAUAUGCUUAAAU